AUGGUUAAAUUACUGGAAAGCAUAAUAUCUUCGAUGCAAAAAGCUUCAUCUUUGAAGGAUUCUGAUAUCAUCUCUCUUGGAACUAAAAUAAAUGAACUAGAGGCUGAGUUAAAACAAGCUACAAAUUCCUCUCUUGAGAUUAAAGCAAAGGAAUUGGAAAAUGAACUGGAGAAAGUUACGCAAAAUUCAUCAUUUAAGAAUGGGUUAAUUUUCUGUCUCAGAUCCAGGAUAAGUAAUCUGGAAGAUGAAUUAGAUCAGGUUGUUUCGCAACUGCAUCAGACAAUUCAUGAUUCAAAAAUAGGUAGUGCAAAAGCGAACUCAGCCUCAUCAUCCAACGAUUAUAAGCAUGAUGAAAUAGUAGAAGAGAUACUUCAUUUUUCUUCACACUACUCAAAGCACGAAUCUGAUGAAAAAGGAGAUUAUGAUAGUAUUCACUGUACUUGUUAUUAUGUUAAAAGGUAG